GGAAGAAUCACAAGCGAUUGUUGUCAAUUGAGGGAGAAAGGAGCCACUGUUUAUGUGAAGUGAAGACCUCGGUCAGAGAAAAUCUAUGCUGCACCGAACUUGUUAAACAGAUCUAAAAAAUGGUUGAUGAAAAUCCAACUGAAAUUGGUGUACUUAGUGAGGAUGGUUCAAACACAAUCCCACUACAAUCUGGACUUAAACAGGAUGAUGUUAACAAUCCUGCAAGAAGUGACUCUGGAAAAUUAAAAAACAGAAAGAAGAUGUGCUGUGUCACUGGGAUUCUUCUGAUUAUCACUGUUAUUGUUAGUAUCGGAGCAAUCGUGCACCUGCUAUGGAGAUGUAGUGCCUGUGUGUUUCACAAGAACUCCGGUGUAGCUUCAGAUGCAGCAGCUUGUUCUAAAAUUGGCAGGGACAUCAUGAAGUGGAAUGGAUCAGUGGUGGAUGCAGCCAUUGCAGCGCUGCUCUGCAUUGGGCUGGUGAAUGCGCACAGUAUGGGCAUUGGAGGAGGCCUGAUCCUUACCAUCUAUGAUGCAUCAACAGGACAGGUUGAAGUUAUUAAUUCAAGAGAGGUGGCUCCAGAGCGAGAAAUUAUCAGCAGUUUGGAAACAGGAGGGCCAUCGAUUGCAGUUCCAGGUGAAAUCAGAGGGUAUGCACUCGCCCACCAACAGCAUGGCCGGUUACCAUGGAAGCAGUUGUUCGAGCCAUCCAUUAAACUGGCAAGAAAGGGUUUUCCAGUUGGUAAGAGUCUUGCCGUAGCCCUUGAAACAAACAAAGUGCAAAUUGAAGCAAGUGCUUCAUUAUGCGAUGUGUUCUGUAAGAAAAACAGUAAACAAAUUUUGAGCGAGAACGACCUAAUAUAUUUUCCAAAAUUAGCGGAUACACUGCAGAUGAUAGCAGAUAAAGGACCAAAUGCAUUCUACGAUGGACCCAUUGCAGAGGAUAUUGUUCAUUAUGUCAGUCAAUCAGGUGGACUAAUUUCCCGAGAUGACCUGAAACAAUUUAAGGCAAGCCAGGAGACACCGAUAAAUGUGACUCUAGAUGAAUAUACAAUGUAUGUUCCGGGUGCCCCAUCUGGUGGACCAGUGCUUGCACUCAUUCUGAAAAUCCUUGAAGGGUAUCACUUUUCAAGAGAAAGUGUUUCUACUAGGGAAAAGAAAAUCUUAACAUAUCACAGAAUUAUCGAAGCCUUCAAAUUUGCAUUUGCAGAGAGAAGCAAGUUGGAAUAUCCAACAUCUAGUGACCACAGAAAGGUCAAUGAGAUGAUCGCAAAAGCAAAUGAUAUUAGAGAGAUGAUCAGUGACAGUCGCACCAAUGAAAAGAUUGAUUAUUAUGGGAUAAAGUGCUUUUUACCUGGGCAGGGUGGAACAUCUCAUCUGUCUGUUGUAGCACAAGAUGGCAGUGCAGUGUCUGUCACCAGCACUAUUAAUGGUCGUUUUGGAUCAUUUGUUCGUUCAAAUGUGACUGGGAUAAUAUUCAAUAAUCAGAUGGCAGACUUUUCACGCUAUGGAGAUAACAACGGUCUGCCACCAUGUUCUGAAAACUAUGUGGAACCUGGCAGAAGACCUUUUUCUGCUAUGUCUCCAGCGAUUAUACUUGACAAAGAUAAAAAAGUGAAAAUGGUGGUUGGAGCUUCGGGUAGCUCAAGGAUCAUCACAGCAACUGCUCUGGUAUGUGUUGAAAAUAGAACAGGAAAUGAAAUUAAAUGGAAUCGAUGUGGGCUGAAGAAAGCUCUCGUCACGCUUGCAAAACUAUUGAUCAAGGAAAAGGUGGUCAGUUGAAUGAAUCCAUUCCUCUGAGGG